GGUGGUCUUGGUCGAAAAACACCGUACAGAAAAGCAACAGACGGGGAAACUGAAUGUUUUCGUCCAUUCUGUUUAUCUACCUGACAACCUAUAAAACUUUAGAAUUGACUCAAAUUUUUGCUGUCAAAGAAACUGAUGGAUUUGACUUGUUUGUCAUCGGGAUUAAAGUUGGGAAAGUACGAGGUGAAAAUGGAGAGCCCAGCUGAGUGAGAGUGGGGUGAGAAGGCUGGAUUUGGCAAAGUUGGGAGUCCUGCCCUGCUGUUAGCAGGCUAGUUAGCAUGCUAAGACACUUCGCUAUUUCGUUAAAGACAUGAGAUCUCCCCUCUGCUGUUCUCCAGCCAGUGAUUCUCCAUGGAAGCUGCUUUAUCUAUGGCAAGACUUCUGCUGACAUUGCAGCUUUUUCCAAUGGAUUAAAGCAGUUGACAGUCUUAGAUUCUGUGGACGCUCUGCCUGAAUAUUACUGAAUUUCUCCUGAAAGCAAAGAACUCCCUAGUUCUCCUGCCUUGAUAUAUCUUUUCACAGAAGCCAUUCUAACUUUACUCUUGCAUUAUUUUUCUUAGCUAUUGAAUGAACACAACCAUCUGAAAUGGGGCCCUGGUAGAUUCUUCGAGUGGUUUGCCUGCAGACUGUGCAGCCUGGCUGUGUUUUGAGGAUGCACAGACCUGUGAAAAUAUUGUAAGCCAAAUACGACAAGCAGUACUGCACUUACUGAUGGAGUUUAGACAUCCUCCAUUCAUGCCCAAAGUGUUUUCAUGAACUUUUGGACUGCUAAACUGCACCUAAGUAGAUGUAUUGCUUGUAUUUAAGAACCUCGACUGCUGAUGCCAGCUCAUUGGGACUAGUGUUUAUGUUAUCAGAUUUAUUCAUGAACCCUUUGUCUGAGUCUGGGUACAGCCUGGAUGUUAGAUACCUUGGGUGUGUUGAAUCAGCUGUUGUGGUGAUGAGGCAGGGCUCCUGGAGGCCUGUGUGGCUUGCUGGGCAGUGGCCCAAAGUGAUGUGAUGGGGUGCAGGAACAGUAAGGUCCUCCCUGAGCCUCCAGGGGAUGUCCAGUUGGACCUUGUCAAAAAGGUCGAUCCUCCCCAGCCUCCUCAGACAGAUAUAUAUAAGCACUUCAUACGAGGAGAUGGCACAAGGAGCAAGAUGGGGGGUCCUGGAGGGGUGGGAGGUGACAAGGCUGACUCUGCCUCCCCAUAUCAGGCCCAGGCUCAGGCUGCCACUCCCAGUGCUUCUGCCCAGCCUCCAAAGGACCCAUCUGAGCUGUCGGACCCUCAGCGGAAGAAGGUUGCAAAAUAUCGAGCCAAGUUUGACCCUCGGGUCACAGCCAAAUACGACAUCAAAGCACUGAUAGGCCGAGGAAGUUUCAGUAGGGUGGUUCGAGUUGAGCACAAGAGCACACGGCAGCCUUACGCCAUCAAGAUGAUAGAAACACGUUACCGGGAGGGUAGAGAGGUGUGUGAGUCAGAGCUGUGCGUACUACGCCGUGUCCGACACACCAACAUCAUCCAGCUGAUGGAGGUCUUUGAGACAGUGGAGCGCGUCUACAUGGUGAUGGAACUGGCCACAGGUGGAGAGCUCUUUGAUCGCAUUAUUGCUCGUGGCUCCUUCACAGAGCGGGAUGCUACACGUGUGCUGCAGAUGGUUCUUGAUGGUGUAAAGUAUUUGCACGCUUUGGGGAUCACUCACCGAGACCUGAAGCCUGAGAACCUGCUGUACUACCACCCUGGAGCUGACUCUAAGAUCAUCAUCACUGACUUUGGUUUGGCAAGUAGCCGGAAGAAGGGAGACGAGUGUCUGAUGAAGACAACCUGUGGCACACCAGAGUACAUUGCCCCUGAGAUCUUGGUGAGAAAGCCUUACACAAAUGCUGUAGACAUGUGGGCUCUAGGGGUGAUAUCAUACAUCCUGCUGAGUGGAACCAUGCCGUUUGAGGAUGACAACCGCAUGAGGCUCUACCGGCAGAUUCUCAAAGGAAAGUACAGCUUCUCUGGAGAGCCUUGGCCCAGUGUGUCAAACCUGGCCAAAGACUUUGUUGAGCGGAUCCUAACAGUUGACCCCAGUGAGCGGCUCACAGCUGGACAGGCCCUCAAGCAUCCCUGGAUCGUCAGUAUGGCCGCCUCAUCCUCAAUGAAGAACCUACAACGUUGUAUAUCGCAGAACCUCCUGAAACGGGCAUCCUCACGCUGCCACAGCACAAAGUCGGCCCAAUCCACUCGCUCCAGCCGUUCUACCAAAUCAAACAAAGCCCGGCGGGUGAGAGAGAAGGAACUGCGUGAGCUGAACCGUCGCUAUCAGCAGCAGUACAAUGGCUGAAACAACUGUAGGAGCCUGUCUGUGUAGACAGCACGGUGACUGAGCCUUUAAAUGUAUACGACUAUCAAAGUUGCUGCCACCAGUGUUAGAAGUGAAAAUGGCUAAAUCAAAGACUGACCAGAAAAAAAGUAGAUCUAUGAUUUAAAAGUUUUGGCUGUGAGACAAAGACAAUGUUAUCUAUUAAUUUCCCACAGCAGUGUAUCUUCUGGUGGGAGCAGAAAAAGACUCACCAGUUUGAAACAUCAUCUCUCCAUCCAUUCCUUCACCUUUCUCUGAAAGGAUGGUGUCUUUCAUUUCAUUCCCUUUGUUCUUUCAGUCUCUGUGUCUCUCUUAUUUAUUUAUUAUUGUUGACAUGAUUAUUAUUCUCUGCUCAAAUGGUCACUGGAUAAUGACCUUCUACACAGAUCUGUUGAACAGAGUUUUGGGUACUGAAGUUUAAAAAAGGGAUACUUUCAGAAGAGGGGGAAAAAUUACUCUCUCUCCUCCCGGAAUGCAUAUUGCUGUGAAUUUAUUGUUGUACAGACCUUCUCUUAUGAUGUGGGUAAUUGAAUCACACUGCAGCAAAACCACACCUUUAGAGGUCCGAAUUUUUCCUAGUCAGUCUAAGCUUAUCUAAUCUUGCCGCCAUUGCUCUGUUGAUUUAAUAGCUUAAAGCUUUCAAGAGAUUAUGAAGUUGUGUGGUAGUUUUAUUAAAUCUUGAGUUUGUUUUAAAAUCAGAAAUGAGGCCAAACAGCAUUGUCCCCAGAGAUUUUCUCAGAUUGUUACAUUCCCUCAUGAAAUAUCUGCUAAGAUUCUUGCCUGAUACAGAAACAGGACUGGCCAAAUGAUGCUUUUUGCAGUGAGGCUGUUUUGCACUUAAAGGGUCAAUUUUCCCCAUAAUAAUUGCGAAGUACUAGAUUUAUGUCUAAUUUAUAUUGGACCACAAAUUUUGAUGGUAAAUUUAUAGAUGACAAACAUUUUGAAGUUGGAUGUGUUCAUUUACAUUUCAAAGGAUUGCAGUUGUAGUUCAAGUAAGUUUUAGUAUGUCAUAAUGAACCUAAAUCAUACAAAACAUUAUUUCCAACUAAAAUUGUGGCUUGUUAAAACUCAGAUUGGCAAGUAAGUUUGGAAAACUACUACCCUCAGUGGCUGGUGAGCAAAAAAAUGUAUGCUAAGCCUUACAAGUAUUUACUUUUUGGGAAUUUAAAUAUAUUCAAUCAAAACAGGUUGCAUCACACAAAUAAGGUCUUACCUUAAUUAGAGACUGGUUGUGAGGUAAAGUUUGCAUAGACAUUUGGAUCGAAGACUUGAAAAUGUGUGUGAGCAAAUACCCACCCUAAAGCUUCUUAAUUGUAUUAACUGGUGAAGAUUUUAAAUAUAGAAAUAAACAUCCAAUAGCAAAAUACUGGAUUUGUUUAUAACUAGAUCUUUAUAUAUUUCUGGAAGCUUAACUCUGACAGGCUGCUAUCCACACAUUAAAAUCUUUACAAGCUUAGAUGUGUCUGAAAUUUUGCAAAUCAACCUGAUUUAGUAAUGUCAAGUUUAAAACAAAGACUAAGGAAGGACUUUGCUACUAAAUUAAAAAACUGAUCUAUGAAGGAUAUUGUAUGUAUAAGACAUGCCAUCUUUCCUAGCUUACCUUGGCAAUCACCAGCAACUUACAAAACACAUAACAAGGCAAACGUAAAUUUCUUGUCAUGAAAACAAAGUGUCACAAUUUAGUAGCUGGAGAGAAAAUGCACAGAAACUUGAUGCACUUGUGGAGCAAAGGCCGACUAGGAUAGUUUACAUUUUUCACACAUUACAAUAGCUUGUGCAGAAUCAUAACCAUCCUAAAUGUAUAUACUUCUUAUGAUUAAUAUGAAGGAAGCCACUGAGGAUUUAGGCAUGCUGAGUCAAAUAAUUUUGUAUGAUUAAAAAAAGAUGUGUUCAUUAUAAAGCAUAGCAAAGCUAACCAUGCCUUAAAUCUGUGCAUGUGUUCUAUGACAUUUUGAAACAUUAGUUUUUGUCUUGAAAUUUACUAAAAUUUAAAAAUAUUUAAAAUGUUCAAGUCUAUAAUGUCAUAUGGUAAAUGAACAGUGGAUUGUUGCUUGUUUCUUGUCAAAUACAGUCCAAAAACCUGCAUUGUUGGUAAAAAAAACAAUCCAUCGUAGGAGGGUCAAUAGCAAUCAUUACCAAUCAGAUUUGACAGUAUUUUUUUUUUUUAAUUCUAUGUUAAUGGUAAAAAUGUGCAUUGCAGUGGUGCAGAUUUCUGAACUAGUGAAAUGGAUGAAGAGGAAGAAUAAAUGCAGGAGCUUGAUUCAUCAUCAUGUCCAUGCUAAAAUGUUUUAUUACAUAUGAUUACUUCCCAUUUAGUAUAAUUAUGUGAUGAAUAUAUUUUACUGAGUAUUUCCCAUAAGUAGCACAAGUUAAGAAUUGAGAGAAUUGAUGUGCAUUAUUUGCCUUUUUGCUUUCCCCCUUUUCUAUAGUGAAGCACUUCUUAAAGUUAAAUGCUGUUUACAAUUGUAAUCUUCCCCUUUAUAUGAAGUGUAUGCUGAAUUGUUAUGUUUUUCGUCCCUUCACGACACUUCCACAGUGAAAGUUUUGCUACAUUUAUAAGCAUUUUGCUGUGAUCCUGUCCAGUCCCUGAAAGUGUGUUGCUGUUGUGAACUUUUCAACAUGUACUGGAAACUUGAUCGAGCCAUGUCAGCUGACCUCAGUUGUUUUCUGUUUUCUCUCUUGUUCUCUGCCUGUUUCAGAAAGCUCUGUCAUCUUAUUGAGAGUCUUUCGUGUCCUUGAUUUAAGUCAGAUCUUACAUUCCUUUGUCCCUCUGCUGUUUAUCUGUUCUUGUGUGUGAGCUCUAACUGUGGCUAAGUUGCUUAAGAUGGACCUUAAAGGGGACAUAUUGUGCUAAAAUCACUUUUUCAGGCUUUUCUAACACAAAUUAUGUACCCCAGGCCUAUCUACAAUCCCCUCAAGUACCAGCAAAAUCCACCCCCACCCCCACCCCCCACCUUUCAGAAAAUGAGUGCUGAAACAAGCCGUUCUCAGAUUUUACACCUAGUGACCUCAUAUAGGGCGUAAGCACCCACCCCCAGGUUUGGAUGGCCCUUCCCCACUUGGAGGAAAGUUCCAUCCUCUCAGCUACCAGCUGAGAUGCUGGCUAGCUCAGUGGGUUACCCUGCUGACUACCGUCUGGGAGAUCAGUGGUUUGAAUCCCAAUCAGGUCCUUAACUUUGAUAAAAGAGUCUGUAACAUCAGGAGUGCUGCAUCAAUUUCCUGAGAGGAAUGUGGUCAGGGGCGGAGUCAGACAUCGCAUUACCAUUUAAAGCCACAAACACAGA